AGAGCAAACUGACUCAUGACAAGGAACACAAGUCAGUGAGACACUUCACAACCGACUGAGAACACCUUUGGACUUAUUCACAGAGCAGAAAAAAACAUCUCAACAUGUGCCGAGGACUGGAAGCACUGCCCAUCACCUGCCUGGAAAAGGCAAAGGAACUCAAAGCUCUGUUUGGGAGUUUGUUACAGAAAUCCGACAGCAUCACAGCACAGUCGAAGAAAAAUGACAAACUGAGGUUAAAUGAAGAUGAGCCUCUGAAAUGGAAGGAGUCAUUUGAGAAACUCUUAAGCAGCCAAAAUGGAUUGUGUUUAUUCAGAGCCUUCCUGGUGUCAGAGUUCAGUGAGGAAAACAUCGCCUUCUACUUGGCAUGUGAGGACUACAGGGCGACCAAAUCCUCAAAACUGGCCCCAAAAGCGAAGAAAAUCUACGACGAGUUCAUCGGCUCCAACGCCCCACGAGAGGUAAACCUCGACCACACCACCAAGGCCAUCACGAAGGAGAACGUAUCGCAGCCCUGUCAGACCUGCUUCGAUCUGGCCCAGGCUAAAAUCUACACCCUGAUGGAGAAAGACUGCUACCCUCGCUUCCUCAAGUCCUCCAUGUACCUGGAGCUGAGCAGAAAGGCCAAGACACGCUAAGAGACUUUUAGAAAAAAUAAAUAAAUAAAAACUGCCCAGGAAAAGCAGCAGAAGUGAGGCCAUCACUCCUCAAAAGGGUCGUAUAAGCUAAAUGACUGAGGCUGGAAAGGUUCAGGCGGAACAGAACAGCUCAGUCGGUGGAGCUACGUGCAGAAACGUGGACUUAAGGUUGGACUCUGGAGGUUCGGCAGAUCUGUGUCCAUGCUGGAAUCUAAAGGACACAUGAAACUUAUGUGAGAAGAACAAGUGAGAAGACGCAUGUACUGUCAAAUCAAACCGCAGCAUCAGCAGCAGCCACAGUGGCAUCAGUUACAACAUAUAAGAGUUACCAGACACUUUAUCUGCAUUAUUAAGAAUUAUUUAUUUGUUAUUUAUUCAAAGUUUUCUAUGUGAAUGUAUUAAGUACUGUACGUCAAAAUAAAUGGCAUUGAAUAUAAGUGUGCAGGAACAAAGGGUUUCUGUUUUCCUUGGAAAAUGUAGAGAAGUGGAAGUUGUUAGUGUGCUUGGAAAAAAUGUAGUGGUAGGAAGAAGAAGAAAAAGAAGAAGAGGAGGACGUGUGCAAUUAUAGCUGCAGACUAAUACGUGAUGUCAUUACUUCCACUUCACAGCUAGGUAACGGAUGACUCUUGGUACUAGUGAAAAUAUGACGUGUAAGAAACAAUGGUGUUCAAAGUUUUAUUCAGAGUCUUUACUUUUAUUUAUAUCACACUGUCAAAAUUUUCCACUAUGUAAAACAUCUGCACACAUACCUAUUCUUGAGUGAUUUUAUUCCUCUUUAAGGCA